AUGACCGUCGGAAGUGAUGAUGUCGAGAAAAAUAACGGACGUCGUGGAAUCGAAACCGCAUCUAACCAAGGAAACGAGAUGAAAGCGGAGCAACAACAAUCGAUUCCACCCGGCUCGGCUUCAUUCCCGUCGCAGAUGCCGCGACCACCACCAGUCACCGACCAAGCAAUCACAACGGAAGCAGAGCUUCUAGCUAAAAGUCAUAUCACACCUAAUGAUGUUCUUGCACUUCCUGGAAUCACUCAAGGUUUCCUGUGCUCGCCAUCAGCAAACAUCUACAACAUUGAGUUCACGAAAUUCCAAAUUCGUGAUCUGGACACUGAGCACGUUUUGUUCGAAAUCGCGAAGCCUGAACACGAUCAAGAAAAUGAAGAACCUCCUACUGAAUCUGCAAGAUAUGUCCGUUAUAGGUUCGCUCCAAACUUUUUGAAACUCAAAACAGUUGGAGCAACUGUCGAAUUUAAAGUUGGAGAUAUUCCAAUCCAUCAUUUCCGAAUGAUCGAGCGUCAUUUCUUCAAAGAUCGUCUCUUGAAAUGUUUCGAUUUUGAAUUCGGAUUCUGUAUUCCAAAUUCGCGAAACAACUGUGAACAUAUCUACGAAUUUCCUCAACUCUCUCAACAACUCAUGGACGACAUGAUCAACAAUCCUAAUGAGACUCGUUCCGACAGCUUCUAUUUUGUUGAUAAUAAACUCGUCAUGCAUAAUAAAGCCGACUACUCAUACGACGCAUAA